UCGUGCCCGCGCGCCGCCUCGUCUCCGUCUCCAUCACGUCCUCCUCCUCCUCCUCUGUCUCUGUCUCCGCAGUGAGGUCACGGGGAGGCGGCGCGUCGUCAGACAGACGGAGAGAGAGAGAGAGAGAGAGAGACAGAGACAUCGGUCCCUUCGUUCGAGAUCUCUCUCACAGGAGGGUCACUCUGAGAUUCUAUGAAAGGAUGAACAGAGAAAUGAAUUACUAGCCCAAGAAGUUUACUUUGCUGAUGGCUGGGAUCGUGCUUUCAUUAUUAAAUGAACAAUGGGAUUCACAACAUCCAUGUUCAUGCAUAUAAUUGCAGCCAACACAGUGGGAUCAGUUUCCAAUAACAGAUUUAUCGGUGAACAAAUAUUGAUGCUGUUGGAGGUGGACAUUUUCAUGGCUCAAUGAGUAGAGAUUUUUACCUAUGAUAUCAAUAAGCGCAGGAAUCUCCUAUAGAAGCCUCCAGUUCCUUUAUCAUCUAGAAGCAUAAUUUUGAAAUAUGUAUGUCUCAGCCUAUAAGCAUAUUAGCACUUGUGUAUUUUUAUGUUCAGUUAAAAGAAAAAUUGAAGAACCUGCACAUUUGUAAAAUAGAAAUCUUCAGAAUUAGGCUUUGUAUUUUUCGGUUGGAUUAAAUCAUUGGGUUAUUUUUGAGACCAGUGAUUCAAAGGUUCAAGUGAAAUCUUUUUUGUAUAUAAAUCGAGUUUUACAGUUUUAUUUGUCACACUGAAAAAGUGUUCUUAAAUGACAAACGUACCUGCAUGUAAGGGCUAUGUUACUAAAUGCAAAGUGGUGAAAUUGCCAGUAUAAGUGGUAUUGCAUGUUUACUGCAAUGAAAGUGGCUAUAUUGAAAGAAAUUGAAAUUGAGAAUUGAACAAACUGUCUGCGAUCAGAUUUCAUAUCCACAUAUUUAAAAAAUAGCCAUGGAAACUGCAAAGAUAAAUUUCUCCUUGGGUCACUCAAAACAAAAGGGGAGCAUAAUACAUGAAGAUGGCAGCCCUCCACCCAAAAAAGCAAUGACGGAAUCACAUAUAAAGGAUACAAUGCAAGCUAUGAUGCAUAAAUUGUCAACAAUAAAAAAGGAACAGCUGGAUGAAUGUGAAGAACAUCUUAUGGAGGACAAUGAGGAAUGUGCCAAACCAAACAUUGCUGCAGUAUCUGAGCCUUUGAACUUAAAUCCUGGUUUGAAGCAUACAUUGGCACAGUUCCACUUAAGCAGCCAGAGUUCAUUGGGUGGUCCAGCAGCAUUUUCUGCUCGCCAUUCUGAAGAAAGCACGUCUUCUGUUUUCGUACCUCUUCCAUCACCCCAGAUCCUUCCUGGUCCAUUACUUGUUCCUUCCGACAGCUCUACAGAGUUGACUCAGACUUUACUAGAGGGGGAGUCUAUAUCUUGCUUUAAAGUUGGAGGAGAAAAAAGACUUUGUCUGCCUCAAGUUUUGAAUUCUGUGCUCCGUGAUUUUUCUCUACAGCAAAUUAACACAGUGUGUGAUGAUCUUUAUAUCUACUGCUCUAGGUGCACUUCUGACCAACUUCACAUUUUAAAGGUUUUGGGAAUUCUUCCAUUUAAUGCUCCAUCAUGUGGGCUGAUAACACUGACUGAUGCUCAGAGACUAUGCAAUGCUUUACUGCGCCCUCGCACUUUCCCUCAGAAUGGCAACCUACUUCAUGGUAAAGGUUCGCUGAUCCAACUAAAAGAGUCUGGCAGUGCCUUUGAAGUAGAGCAUGAAUGUUUGGGCAAGUGCCAGGGUUUAUUUGCUCCACAGUUUUAUCUUCAGCCAGAUUCUCCUUGUAUCCAGUGUUCUGAAUGCUAUGGGAUGUUUUCACCCCAAACAUUUGUGAUGCAUUCUCAUCGCUCUCCUGACAAGAGGACCUGCCAUUGGGGCUUUGAAUCAGCCAAGUGGCAUUGCUAUCUCCAUAUUAACCAAAAAUAUCUUGGAACAUCGGAGGAGAGAGAUUUGAAGCAUCUCUUGGAAGAAAUGAAAGAAAAAUUUAGCAUAAAAAGUCAGAAAAUACACCAAUCUAAAGCUGAUUCUCAGUAUAACCUAGACCUUCAACAGUGGUAUCCAGUUAUAAAGCAAGAGACUGAUUCAAUCAAUCAGCCGCACUCAUUCAUGCAUCCAAGCUAUUACUUUUAUAUGUGUGAUAAAAUGAUCGCUCCCAAUGUCUCCCUUACCUCUUCUGUAUCUCACUGUAAAGAACCAACAAAAACAGUGGCGAAAAUAUCAGAGGUAAUUAAAUCUGUAUCUGGGCAGUCACUGAAGCACCAUAGUGGUGGCAGACGCAAAAAAGCCGUAUACUAUCAGGAUCACUCUCUUGAAGUGCAAGAGAAUAUUGAUUUGAAACACAGCACAGAUGGGUGUGCUGGUAAAGGGCAGCCUACAUCUCUUAAGACUCGAAACAAAAGGAAAUCGGAGCAAGAUUCUUCCAAAACGACAGUGGAAAAGAAGAUAGAAGUAAGCAAAAGUUCACAGUCAUCAUCUCAGAUCCCUGUCAGUGGAAUUCAUUGUGAUGAUGACAAAGGAAAGACGAUGGAAGAAGUAAUGAAAACCUAUAUAAAACAGCAAGAAAAGCUACAUACAAUUUUGCAAAAGAAGCAGAAUCUUCAAAUGGAAGUAGAAAUGUUAAGUAGUUCAAAAGCCAUGAAGGAGUUAACAGAAGAGCAGCAGAAUUUACAGAAAGAACUUGAGUCUUUGCAGACUGAGCAUGCACAAAGAAUGCAAGAGUUUUAUGUUGAGCAAAGGGACUUGGAGAAGAAAUUAGAGCAGGUAAUAAAGCAAAAAUGCACCUGCGAUUCUAACUUGGAGAAGGACAAGGAAGCAGAAUAUGCAGCUCAGUUGGCAGAGCUGAGACAGAGGCUGGAUCAUGCUGAGGCUGAUAGGCAAGAGCUCCAGGAUGAACUGAGACAGGAACGAGAAGCACGACAAAAGUUAGAGAUGAUGAUCAAGGAGUUAAAACUUCAGAUUCAGAAGUCUUCAAAAAAUGGCAAAGGGAAAUAAAGUGCCAAGAAGAAUGUAUCUGCAUUUUUUCAGCAGGGCUUAUAUAUUACUUGUCAAGGAGAAGUCAAGCCAUGGAAGAAAAGGUAUUGGGGCAGCCAUGGAGAACCCUUCUUGUGCAAACAACAUCAGUGAAGCAGUUAGUCAGAUCCCAGUCAUUUCAAUGAUGUUUGCACAAGAGACAUUCCCAGAGAACUGUGCCCAAUGUAUGCUUAUAAAUCUGUAAUAAUACACAUUUGUACAACUUCUAGACUUAUAAAAACCUGUAUUUGUGCUGCUUUUUAAACAGUUAUGAGCAACAUUUGAAACUUUAUGUUUUAGAGUACUCAGUGUAUGUUUUUACAAACUGUCUUGAGGGCUCUUUACCUUUUAUUGAAUACAACUUUCAUUCAUAGAUAUGCAGAAUCCACAUACUUUCUUUUGCAUGCAGUCAUUUACACAAAAUAUUCCUUUUAUUCAAAAUGUUAAAAAAGAAAAAAAGAGAACGUGGAGAAUAUAUUCUUUUUGUUGCUUUACACUCAUAACUUCAUUUGAUAGUUAAUGCUGCAUUGAGGAAAGAACCGUUAUUUGGAAAUUAUUACACAGUUAAUAUUUUUUUUCUAAAUGCAGAUUUCCACACAGUUAAUUAUAAGUUGUCGGAUGCUAGUUAUUAAUUGUUAAAUACCAAGUGCCAAUUCUUCUGGUACUCUGCUGAAUGCUAUUAUGAAAAGAAGUCUGAGAUGCUUCACUUUCCAGAAGUACCAGUUCAUCCCCAGUUCCUUUGGGUAACUAUUUAUCAAAACCUGACAGGACAUGCCAUAAUUGACACAGUUUUUUUAGUAUUCCCAAAUGCUAAUAGAAAAUGUCAUCCUUAUGUUGUAGAGUGACUAUUUUAACCAUCAAACAAGUAGGAUGCUCCAUUAGCAAUAAGGUUUUUCAUGCAUGGGUUGUCUUUGAGUGCAUGGAAGUGGGUGGUGUUGACAUUUACAUAAAAUGUCGAGAGGGAACAAAUGGGUUUUGACAUUGUCAAAGUAAUGCUUAUAUAUGUUUUUUAUGCCAAGGUAAAUAUUGCUAUCAUUUUAAAAAGCAAUUUAGUUAUUAAACUUCUAUUAAUUUUGAAAAUGGUAAGGUCUUUAUUGGGGCAUCUGACAUUUAAUGUGCUGGUAUUCUGGUGUUGACUAACAAGUAGUUCAGUUCCAUUGUAUUUACUGAUUAGAUGCCAAACGAAUGAGGUAUAUUUGAUAAAGGAAUCAGUGGCUAAGAUACAGUGAUGUACUUAAUAAAGGAAAGUUCCAAUUCCACUCAUGCUGCAUGCAAAAGUGAAAUUGUGACUCCUUUUUCAAUGCUGUGCGAUACCAAGAGUGUUUCCUAAUUCCCAGGAGAAGGUUUUUUGGAUUCUUGAGGGGUUGCAGGUGAUGUGGGUGUGCUGAUUUUGGUAGAAGCAGCAUCCAGCAAAUGUAAGCCAUUGGACCCUGGUCAUUGGAUUAAAGUGGUAAUCUAAAAUAACUUUCAAACAGAAUCUCAUUUGUGAAAAGAACGGUGAAGUUUUAAUUAUCCAAAACAGUUUAUUUGGGAGGAGGGAAAGGCAAGAAAAGGCAAGAACAUUUCUUUAAAUUAAUUAUUUCGGUAUGAAUAGACAACAGUUUAAAAGCUCAGAAUAGCACAUGAGGAAAAACUGGAGAGAGAGAGCACGCACAGUGUUCUUUAAAGGCAAGUUAAACUUGUAGAGGGAAACAUGCAAGUGAUAAUUCCACAACCCACCAUGUUCCUCAAUGGAAAAAAAGAAAAGAAUUCACCUCCGGAUGGAAAAUCAUUUCACCCUUUUUUCUCUGCUCCCAAACUGCAAAUGAUGAUCUGGUUACUUGUAGUCUUAGAAAAGGUGCAACUAUAGCCUACAGACGUCUGGAGGAUGGCAGAAAUUGGCAUCAUUGUGGCUCCAGAUACUCUACCUUAGGCAUUAUAUGUGACUAAUAGCACAAGAACAUGUGUGGGGAGGCACAGGGCAGUAUAGAUAGAAAUGAAAACAUUUAUAAAUGAGAAGCACUGCAGAUAGUAAUGUUCAUUUAUAUAUUCAUCACAUGAGCACUUAAAUCCUGUGAUUUUCAUGUUGUGGAUGCCUGCUAUAUAUGCAUGUUGUGGAAAUCUUAUGGUAAAAUCGUCUUAUACCCAAUAUUUUCUGUUGUAUAAGGACCAUUUCAUACAACCACAUUUUUGUGUUUUUAAUAUAUUAGCUAUGUUCAGUUAUAUCACCGAUUUUCAACCAUUCAGUUCUGUCUACAUAAACAAAAUAAAAUUAACAGUUUCAUAAAUCAAAGUCUACAACAUAUGUACAUAGAGAAAAUAAAACAAUUGAGGCACCUUGCAAAACAAAAGUGUAACUAGAUCUAAAAAAAGGGUAUAAUAUCUGCUGAGUUUCUCUUGUGGGAAAUUCUACGUGUCAAACUCCAUCCUGUUUUAUGAGUUUUCAAUUUUGCUUUGGCAAGAUCUGUAGUGCCAUCCCUUGUCAACUUCUGGUAUGCAUAGAUACUGAUGUCCCUUCAGAAAGCUUAGGCCUAGGUAGCUUGGGGCUUUCAAGGUCCAAAUCAAGAUUCUGGAUUUUGCUUGGAAAUCAACUGGAAGCCAGCUAGACUCUUUCAACAGCAGUGGUAUAGGUGUGUAUUGGGCCUCAAUUAAGCUGCUUCAAUCUUGAAAUAAGUUGACAUUUUCAAGCAAUCGUCAAAGUCAACCCUAUCUAGAGCACAUCAUAGAAAUCCAUUCUGUACAUUAUCAGACCAUGCAAGGCAGUAUUGAGGAUCUUUUCAUCCAGAAAGAGGUGCAUCAAUUGAAACAGGUGAGAGGCACUCUUACCCACCUGCUGCAUGAAAAGUCCUGCUACACAUACUGAUCUAGAAACAUUUCCAGGUUUUAACCUUCACGUUCAUCAAAAAUUAUACCUCCUUAAGAAAAGCAAAUCUACAAUCACCUGGUUGUUUCAGCCUUCUAGCGUAACUGCCAAAUUAUUUGGGUUGAGGUUCCUUUCAACCAGUCUUCAGAGAUGCAGUAAACUUUUAUAGUUUAUAGGAGAAGUAGAAGUCAAUGUUACCACUCUGAAACUGUUGCACAUAGAUAAUGGAUACCAGGCAGAAUAGAAUAUAAAAUUUACAAGACAACAAUAGUGAAACCUUCAUCUGAUUACUUCUCAGUACAUCAUCCAUCUUUAAAAAAAAUUAAAAUGGGUUGGCAUAGCAUAUUUUGAAAUCUUAGAUGGUAGUCAGCAGUUGAAAUAAUUUCAUUUACAUUUCUUAAAAUGUAGGCCCUCCACUACUCCUCAUUUAAAUGUCAAAUGCUUUAUAUAUUUGGAAUUCACGUGUUUCUUGCCAAUGGGAUGAACGAAACAAUUUUACAUCCUUUCAGAAUAACUUAUAAUUGUAGUAUAUUUGGCAUCUCUCUUAUUUCAAUAACAGAACAGUGCCGCCGCCAAAAUAGUUGCAAUUUAUUGACCAACUAUAUUGCUUACAUAUUGAAAAGUUAAUGUUUUGGCAUCUUUAAAUAGCACAGAAUACCAAUUUCAAAACUUUUCUUUUCCCAUUGCAGCAAACAUUACAAUUUUGUUAACCUUUACAUCUGAAUCAAACAAUCAUCUUUCAGUGCUAGACAUGUUUCAUUUGAGGGGCAUAUGAACAAUAGCUAUUUUUAACUGUAUGUUAAAACAUAUGUUUUCUUGUUUAAUACAUGAAAAUUAUAGACGAAGCAGAUUGGAGCGUAAUACAUACCUUUUUUUACAUUGUUAGUUAUCCAUGGGUGAAGCAUUGCAUCUUCUGAUAUUUCUGUGUUCAAUGUAUGACUGAGAAGCUGAACUGAACUGAUCUGAUAUUCAUGGGUCAUUCCAUUUUAUCCUAGAGUUUAUGAACAGAUGACUAGAAACAGAAAAGAUAUCAUGGGUGGUCUUGAUGGGUGAAGCUUGAAAUUCCUGAAAUGAUAAUCACAGGAAUGUAGAGUGUUGCAAACAUCCAUGGCUCAAAAGAAUUUGACAUGUUGAAAUCUGUAGGUGUUUAAACACCUUUAAUUGCGUUGAAUUACGGUUAGUGUUUUUAUUGGAUGUUACUGACAGAUGGUAACAUUUUAAUGUGAAGUUAUGAAUCUGAAAAUUUUGUAAAGUUUGGUAAGAGCAAUAGUGCUUGGCUGAAGACCAUAUUUAGCUUCUCUUAUGUAUAGUUUUGAUUAUCCCAAUACAUUCUCUGAUAUCUGGCAAGUAUUAACCAGAUCCAUAUCUUUAUUAGCCAACAACUAUUCGCUUAUUGCAACAGUUUGGGAAAAUUACAUUGGUAAUUGCCAUCCAGUAACCAGAUUGUCUGGCUCAGACUUUUUUUUAACAACAGUCAGUGUAAUGUUUGAAUUGGCUUUGAAAAGUGUUUAAGAAUAGAAAACAUUUUAUAGGCAAUUCUGUCACAAGAUACCAAAAUUCAACAAAAUUUUCACUUUUAAAUAGAAAAUCCUUGCUUUAUUCUUUAUGCCCUGAUUUUUCAUUGGUUUUAGGUGGAGUAUUUUCAAUAUAAUUUUUUCCAGCCAUAGUUUGUAAGCCGCCCAGAGUUCCCCUUUGGGGGUGACAAGGGCGGGGUAUAGUUACAAUAAAUAAAUAAACAAAUACAUAUGUUUUGGAGUCCAGUUAGAAUUUGAAAUUGCCAUAUCAUGUUUCUAUUUUGGCAUGAUAUGAUAAGGAUCAGCAAUUGUUAACUGUUUCCACAGCCACUGCAAGUAUUAGAGCCAGACCAGUGGCAGUAAUUUUGGCUAAAUUUAGGAAAAAUAAGUUUGUGGUUUUAAUGGUAUGUGAAAGAGUGAGUGCUAUGUUCAGAUUUUAUAUCUCUAAAUAAUUUAAAGACUGAACCACAUGCCCACUUUUAAUUAAAAGUCAUAAUUAUAAUUCUUACCUAUUAAUUCAUUCAGCCUCCUUUAAAUAAUACUUAUUUAAUACAUAGAACUGUGCCAUAGGUGUCCAUUAUCACCAAAAUAGUUUUCUAGUAAAUUGUAAAUAUUCUAUGUUUUACAGAAGUAGUUUCUUACAUUGAUCUUGUAACAUGACGUAUUUUAUGGGUGAUUUACUCCACUGCCUAUAUAGCUUGAAUUGCAAGACUUUGCCCAUUUACAGAGGUUUAAUACAAAUUGCCCUGUACACUGACUUUACCCUUAUAGCCUUAGCAUGUUCAUCCUGUAUGUUAAUUAUUAGAGAAUACUUAAAAAAAUGAAAAUUAUCACCUAUGUGUUCACCUUUUAGAUGGUAGAUUUGUUUCUCUAAUUAUCCUCUCCAUUAAAGUGUCUGGAAAGGAUUUUUAAAACUGCAGUUAAAGAAUGCCCGGCAGAGAGGCUGCCCUGAGCACUUUUUAAAAAGAACAUCUGUUUCUUGACAUCCCUGUUUUUAAUUAUUAUUAUUAUUAAAAAGGUUUUUGCCAGAGUGGAAUUCAAAAGGAAAAUACUUACAUCCCCUUCCCCUAGCCUGAGGCCACUGCUGUCAAUCAGUUUCAUCCAGACUGGUUCAGUGUGCCACAAGCACAAACAACUAGAACUAUGUGCAGAGCAAAGCAACACAUGAUCUCAUCCCCACACUCAAGUGAUAUAAUUCAUAUAGAAAUUUGUAAGGUUUUCUAACCUUUCUUUAGGAGAUAGGCUUAAAAUUAUAUUAAUGGGGUACGCUAAUGACAUGAAGCUUUCCUUUUUCCAAAAAAGUAGCUAUGCUUAACUUUCCACACUAAUUAUGACAGAUGGUUUCAUGUACUGGAGCCCAAUUGGACUUCAGCCCAUCAAACCUUAAUAUGCCACAAGACUUUACAUUCAUUUUUUCAGUAUUACUGAACACAAGUAAAAAGAUAGAUACUGAGACCACAAAAUUAUAAUAACUUGAUAGUUUGCAUCUGCCCUUUACAAUGACUACAUAUAUGCAGGGAAAAGAGGUCUAAAUUCCAUGUCUGAGCUGUGCAGAAGACAAUAACUGCAAGAAAUGUGGAAAUCAACUCUUACAUUGUCGUAGCCCUAAGGACUUUCUUGAACAUUGGAUUAAGCAAAAUCUCAAAGUGGGCUUCGGAUGAGUUGUGCUGUUCUUUUUGGUAGGUCUGAAAUCACUUUGCUUAAGUAUUUGAGAUAAAGAUAUAGUAGUUAUUGGGUAUAUUUUACAUUCUUGGAUUAAUUUUAUUAUAUAUUUAAUAUAUUGAUAGUCGUAGACUCUUGUACAUAGUCAAAUUAUCACAAUGCAGUCCUUGCCGUAAAGCUAUGCUAUGGGGAGUGCUACUGCAAAGCAGUUUAUCUACUCCAUGCUGCUUAUUCUCAUGUUCUUGGAGCCACUUGUACUAUCUUCAGUUUGAAAUAGCAGCACAUCCAGCAAUGACAGCUAUGUGGAUGGCUUAGUGCUACAUCUUAGAGACAUUUUCAUAGGACUAGGCAGCUGAAUUCAAGAUGCUUUCCAAAUCCACUCCUUAAAUUUCUUUUAACUAUUGGGAAAGCAUAAAUGUAGAUUUCCCUCCACAGAAAAAUUGUUUUUCCUUUUCUAAAGCUGAUAACGUAAUGCAACAAAACACUUUAAAACAUGUUAAUCUGUGCUUGAAAUAUUUCAAUUUAUGCUGCAGCUGUAAAAUAUCUGUCCAGGAAGAAGCAGCUUGAUCUCUUAAUUACUCUUUCUACAACUUGUUCAUUCAAUACAUCUGUGGUAAUGCGAGGCAGUCCAUACUGGAUAUAUUUUGGUUUUUUGGGAGGGGGAUCGCAGAUGUCAUCAAUUAUAAAGUUAGAAGUCAAAACUUUUUACAGACUGCACAAAUGUACUUUUAGUACAUCCACAAUUUAGAGGAUAGUUUGGAUUUUACAGUGCUGUGGAAUCUUUAGGUUGUGAAAUAUAUAUUUUCCCAAAAUGAAUAUCCAGUGAAGUAUAGCAAUCCAUAUUAUUACUUCAAAUACCUCACUUUUAUGAAAAGGGAAGCACAGUUGUAAUGUAUCUAAACCAUUCUGUUGAAUAUACACAAAUAACUGGUCUAAAUGUUCUGAUGCAGCUAUGUUGCCUUCCAGAAUAAAUAGGCUUGUGACUAACAUCAUUCUAUUUUGUGUGUAUUCAGGAUGUGUUUGAAAGUAUUUGUUGAUGCUGACAUCUUAAUAUUUCCACAAUCUAGAGGAACAUAUGACCAUAUUUUGUGUGCUCCGUUGAGAUCUGCAACAUCUUUGUUACACAGCAUUUUCCUCAUGCCAUGUAGCAAAUCAUUCAAAUGUGUAUGUCAUACACAGAAGUCCGUGGACAACUUCAAAAAGUACAUUUCUAGAUUGUGACCAAAAUCUUUAAAAGACUAAUUUAUAAAGUAAAAUGUAUAAACACAAAGAGCAACAAGUGAGUAGAAAAAAACAACAUAUGCCUAAGACACACAGUUUGGUGGAAACGAAAUGUUUUCAGUUUUUUGCCAAUGAUGUACAGUUCUACAGUUGGAGUUGCUGUGGUUGCAUUACAUGACACAAAACUGUCCUCUACCUCAUAUGAUACAAAAACAGAUAUUUUGUAUGGUUUUAGUAAAAACAAGAUGCAUUUAUCUGGUCACUUAGUUUACAAAUUUUGAAUUCUAUUUAUUGAAACAUGACAUACUGUGCUCUUAGCUUAUACCUCAAUUGUAUUUUGUGCAGUUUUCCAUUUUUCAUGCAUUGUAAAUAUCCUGUAUAGAUUGUGGAUCCACAUUCAAAUAAACAAUUAUAAUGUCAAGCACCUCA